UAGAUUUUUUCACCUCUUUUUCCAACUCACAAUGGGGACCAUAAGAGAUUUCUCUAGCGAGUUCAAAUAUCAGAAGCAAAAUGAACUACGUGUUUGAAUACCAAAGCUAAAAUCCAACUCCAUGCCCACCUCCUCCGGUUGUGGCUCUAAUUGCUCCAUCACUCUCUUCCUCACACCCAGCCUUAUAUCAUAACCAACAGAAGAACCCCAAAAAGAUCCCACCAGUCUUACAAGCCACAGAAGAAGAAUUUCACAGAAACUUGGGAAGAAGAAGAAGAAGAAAAACCCACAUCAUAGAAAAGAGAGAAUCUUGGCCUGGUUUACAGAAAUUUCUUCUCUUUCUAGUUGCUGUGUAUAAUGGCUGUUGCUUCAAUUUCUGCAACUGGGGUUAAAGGAGGUUUCGGUACCUCAUUCAUGGGGGAUUGGGGGACUUCAAUGGCUGGCGAGGAUUACACCGUGCUGGCGAGGUCAGUUCCAAACCAAGUCAGGGUCGGGAAGCCCGUGAAGAUGCCGCCCAUGAUGAAGAACGUUAACGAAGGCAAGGGUCUUUUUGCUCCAGCUGUGGUUGUUGCUCGCAAUCUCAUUGGGAAGAAGAGGUUUAAUCAGCUUCGAGGCAAAGCUAUCGCCUUGCACUCACAGGUGAUCACCGAGUUCUGCAAGUCGAUAGGAGCAGAUGCAAAGCAAAGGCAAGGGCUGAUUAGGUUGGCCAAGAAGAAUGGAGAAAAACUUGGCUUCCUCGCUUGAUUUGAUAAACACAGGACAAAGCAAAGAUACAGGUCCAUUUUGUGCUGGAACUUCAUUGUAAAGGAAAUGGAAAGUUGCCCUGAAAGAACCAACACCACCUCCACUGCUGUAGUAUUUGUACAACUGUUGCUCUCAUUCUUCAUGCUGUCUGCAAUAGUUCCCUUGUGUUUUGACACUAUCUAGACAUCACAAUUUUAGCUGUAGUUCCUGAAAACUGAGUUUUUUCCUAUGGAGAAUAGAUUAGCUAUGACUUAAAAAGCCAAACAGGAAAGAUAAACUGGAAACUCUGCA